GGUCAUUCUCAUAAUUAAGAGGAAGAAAAAAAACAAGUUAAUGGGAUGAAAUUAGAAGGACGGACAUUAUUCAUUACUGGAGGAAGUCGUGGUAUUGGUAAGGCAAUUGCUUUAAAAGCAGCUAAGGAUGGUGCUAAUAUAGUUAUUGCGGCAAAGACUACAGAACCACAUCCUAAAUUACCGGGAACCAUAUACUCAGCUGCAAAAGAAAUUGAAGAAGCUGGAGGGAAAUGUUUACCAUGCGUUGUGGAUGUAAGGGAAGAAAUUCAAAUAAUUAAUGCUGUUAAUAAAGCUAUUGAUACAUUUGGAGGCAUAGAUAUUGUUAUAAAUAAUGCCAGUGCAAUAUCAUUAACAGGAACUUUAGACACUGAUAUGAAAAGAUAUGAUCUAAUGCAUAAUAUUAAUACCAGGGGAACAUUUUUGGUAUCAAAAAUAUGCACACCUUAUUUGAAAAAAAGCAAAAACGCACACAUUUUAAACAUAAGCCCUCCAUUAAAUAUGAAUCCUAAUUGGUUUAAAGAACAUGUUGCUUAUACAAUGGCAAAAUAUGGAAUGUCAAUGUGUGUUUUGGGAAUGGCUGCUGAACUUAAAAAAGAUAAUAUUGCGGUUAAUGCUUUAUGGCCUAGAACUGUUAUUCAUACUGCAGCUGUUGAGAUGUUAUCUGGUAUAGAUGGAGCAAAAUCGUUUUCACGAAAACCCGAAAUAAUGGCUGAUGCAGCUUAUUCCAUUAUUACUAAAUCAAUUAAUCAUUUUAACGGUCAAUUUUUAAUUGAUGAUGAAGUACUACAACAAGAGGGCAUUACAGAUUUCAAUCAGUAUUUAAGUGAUCCAACUAAAAAUGGUCAGCUUAUGAUGGAUUUUUUUCUGGGAGAAAAUCCACAUAAUGGUUUCAAUCAAGGUAAAGAAGUAGCAAGAAGACAAGCUCAGAAAAUUAAAACAAAAAUUAGUGACGAGUGACUAAUUUUAGAUUUAAACUUAGUUUCAU